CCGAACUAUCUACACCUUUGGCGGCGCAAUCCAAACUUCCUGCACCUGGGGCGCCUCCAAUUGCACCUUCGAGCAAACCAUCCCAACAAAUGGUGUCUGGUGGGAAACGUAAUUCUGGUCCCAAUGAAUUGCACGGUCAAUCACCCAUUCCCAAAAACAAGGCUCAAGACACCGAGACACAGACCCAUGAAGAGUCGUCUGCUCAGGUAAUCGUUCCAGAUUUUGGCAAAAAUCCUCCACCACAUGAGAAAAUGCACGCCGAAGAGGUCUAUCAAACUGACAAGAUACACCAGGUUCGACGAUGGCACUCCAGAGACCACAAGGCACACAAAAUUCAUGAGCACAGAUCAAGAUAUCGAUUAAGACAAGACAAAGACGCACCCGAUGGCUCUCACAUAGCUCCAUCAGAAACCAUUGACAGCACCAUUCAAGAUACUUCGACCAAAUCGACGCUAUCGUUAUCAUCCAAACCGCCUAUGGUCACGAGCUCACGGACAGCCUCAUCUAGUAACUCAGUCCCUCUAAGCCCAGCGCAUCAAGCCAUACAGCGCGGUUUCUCUGACGGAUUCAUGACAGCCAAGCUGUUUGCCCAACAAGGUCCUGGUAUGUCUCGUUUGGGAUUCAAGUGGCAAUACGUUGAAGACUCGCUGCGAGCGCAUGGAUCAUCAAUCAUUGUCCCAGGAAAAGAGGGCUAUUAUCGCGAGUGGUUUGACAAGGGGCUCGUCCAAGGAGAGAUGAUGGUGGCACAAGUGAUUGAGAGGAUGAAUGCUGCGUAG